UUUUAUUUUUUUUUCAAUUUUUUUUUAAUUAAUAUUUAAAUUUAUUCAUACUCGUUCUAAAUUUUGUGUUAAUUUUUUUUUAGUCAAUUCAAAGAUGAAAAUUGUUGCUCGAUCGUAGUCAAGGCACAAUUACUGUCACUUGAUGGAAAAGCUAAUAUGGGAAGUAUUUCUCACUGCCUGGCUUGCCCCACUGCGAAAAAUCGAGACAGUGAGUGGCGCCUUGGCCAGAUAUGGACAAUUUCCGAUGAUAGCAGCGUUACUGGCUCAUAAUGACACCUAUGUUUGUACCGGUACUAUCGUGACAAUGCUUCAUAUUUUAACUGCUGCGCAUUGUUUUUUCAAUGUUGUCCCGCAAAACGUCGCCUUCGGAGACGUCUUACUGUAUCCUGGUAAAAACUACUCUAACUCAACGAGGCGCAUCAGCUCGAUUAGGUCCUUUGUCAUUCAUCCUGACUAUCAGAUUAAUUCGACCUAUGAAAAUGACAUUGCAAUUGUACAGAUUGCAGAGCCAAUUGUCCCUUCCGAUGUCACACAAUUAGUUUACAUAUGUGACGAAGUACCUGAGGUGGACCAGGACUGUUUAAGUGUAGGGUGGGAUACUGACUUCAUCAAGAGAAAGGACAACCAAUCCAUUUUCUUGGUAUUUCACCAGGCGACAAUUCAGCCCGAAGACACUUGUGAAAGUAAUGUCAAGCAUUCCUCAAAUACACUUUGUACUGAAAAGAAAUCUGGCGAAUAUCUAGGUGACUCUGAGGGCGCACUUAUCUGCAAUAAAUUGUUAUGCGGUGUACUGACGAACUACAAAGAAGACAACAAACAGUACAGCUUCUAUGUUAAGGUAUCUUUGUUCAAAACAUGGAUUGUCAGAAAUACCUAUCCAGGAUCUUUUAGGACUCUAUCAAGUCGUAAGAAAAGUAGAUGUUUAUCGGAGAUACAUUUCCUAUUCAAGUGCUAUUUUAUUAUCAUUUUCCGAGUUUGGUUUUGGUUUAACAAAUAUUGAAAUUUUAAGCAGAAAUAAAUAAUUGCAGAU